GCCUCUCACCUUUCCCCCCGUCAUCCUCGUCGGGUUGCUGCUCAUUGUCUGCCCUGGGGGCCAUUCCAUUCCUUUUCUUCCACCUUCGUCGCCGUUGUACGUGCUGUCGAGCCUCAGGGAGCCGGCUUCCGCAAUACUCGCCUCUGUUCUUACCCUCCGAGCUGCGCUACCGUCAAUAACUUCUGUCGCCAAGAUGCUCGGGUCAAAGUCUGCAACCGUCGCUCUCCUUCACCUCUUCUUGCUCUUCCUGGGUCCUGCCUCUGCGGCCCCAACGGACCUCACGAAACGCACGGAGCAAACCUCGUACCUCCGACUGGCCAGGGAUGGAGAUAAUCUGUCGCAGUCGACCACCGUCACGACCACCAGCACCCUCCAGACUGCCGUGGGUGCUAUGAUCCAGACGUGCACGAUCACGCUUGACCCCAUCACCGGAAACAAUGGCGAGCCAUUGGUGCGCGAGACCAAGUCGUGUACCGUGUCGAUGGCUAGCAGCGGGAACAAUGCCGCUGGCAACGGCGGCUCCAACUCAAGUUCUGCGGACUCCGGCUCGUCAUCGACAGACAGUUCCGCUGCUACGAGCACAGAUAGCUCCGCUGCCACUAGCACUGACAGCACUGGUGCCACGGCCACUGCUACGGACAGCAAUAGCGCAACUGCCACCGCGUCGUCGGGUUCACCAGGCGGAGUAAUCAGUGUUGACGGUACAACCUUGGUGUCUGGCACGGCCCUCCCGUCCGGGUCCACGGACACUGCGACGGGGACCGGCACUGCGUCAGGGCCCGCUGCUACUACUACCGGCGGCGCUGUCUCUCCCGGCGGAUUCUCCUCAAUUGACAGUGGUGCGAUAGCGACCGAAAGCGUCGAAUCCGGGAGUGCUUCUGGAACUGCGACCGCCACUUCGGCGGGUGCGUCCGGCUCCGCCGUGGGCGACGCGAGCGGCACCGCCACGUCUGCAGCAGACUCGGCCUCGUCUAGCGCGGCCACAUUCCAGCUCCCGGGUACCAAACUGUCUGUCUUGCCCAUCGGUCUGGGUGUGUUCGCGGGUAUCUCUGUCAUCGCGCUUAUUGUUGUCGGUCUCGUCACGUACGAGCGUACUAAGUACCGCAGGGCGUUCAGGCAGCGCAAGCUCGCAGAAUCGGGGGCGGGUAUGGGGUAUGGUGGAAUGGCGCAAGCCGCCUAGAUAUAGUUCCGCUAUCUAUUAGUUAUCUUACUGCGUUGCUGGAUCUUGCUUUGAUGCAACAUCGGGGUGAUCUGGUGUCGGACUGUACAUUGUGUAAUUGGAUGCGGUCCAAUGACAAGCGCUUGUUGACACCACGGACAGUAGGUUGUAUCAUAGGCCGGCGUAGUGUGUCGGUGUAUUGUACGAGACUCGGCUUUCGUUCUUCCUCUCGGUUUAUUCGUUGGCGUGCCGAUGAUCAAUGUUGCCGCCGUAGUGUCCUCAUUUAUAUGCACAUAUUGAUGAAAUUCUGUCUUUUGGCCAGCAGAUAUCUUGUUUUGUGCGGGUAACCGGCUUCAUGAC